CAAAGAUAGAGGAAAAAAGAUGAAAGCAGAAGGCUCAGCAUUAUCAUCAGCUGGUUCUUAUCAUCGACUUGCUUAUCAUGAAGUUAUUAAUGAUGAUAAUCAAAACAAAAUUUUUACAAGUGAUGACUCUCGUCUCAGACAAUUGGGUUACAAACAAGAACUCUAUCGUGGCCUUUCGUUCAUUGCGAACUUCUCAUUUACAUUCGCCAUUGUAUCAGUUCUUACGGGCAUAUCCACAUUGUAUAAUCAGGCCUUAACUUUUGGUGGGCCUAUAACUCUUGUUUACGGUUGGCCCAUAGUUAGCUUAAUGACACUUAUUGUGGGCCUGGCCAUGGCUGAAAUAUGUUCAGCUUAUCCAACUUCAGCUGGGCUUUACUAUUGGAGUGCUAAAUUGUCUGGAAAUUACUUCGGCCCAUUUGCUUCUUGGAUUACUGGCUGGUACAUACUUUUCUUCUCCGCUCUUGUUGUUCCAUUUUUGCCAAAAAAAAACUUUUCAUAUUUUAGAAUUCCUUGAUAGAGAUUUUUAUGCCAGUAGGAAAUAUAAGUAUUUUUAAUGCUCUUAGGCUUUUUUUUUCUUUUUUUUUGGGUUGUAUAGUGCUUACAUGAUAGGAGGGUGUGGAAGUCGAGAAUUAAUUAGG